AUGCCUGUGGAUGUCCAGAGCAGCGUUGUCGCAAGCCGAGCAGCAGAUGUGGAUGCAGUGAUGCCUGUGGGUCUGGAGGAGGAAAACGUAUCGAUAGUGGCAAAAGCUGCAAGAACAGGAGCAGCGGAGGACGAUUCAGUAGAAGCAGUAGCGAUGGAGGUAGAACGAACAAGAGCAGCAGGGGAAGCAGCAAUUGAUGUUAAAAGAGCAGGAGCAGCAGCUAGUGUAGCAGUGGGAGCGGCAGAUUUGGCAUCAGUAAAAAUGGAGGAAGCAGGAGUAGGAGCGGCAGUAGGAGCAGAAGUUGGAGCUGGUAACCUCUUUGCGCAUCCAGGUCCUGCCUCCCCUCUCCUCAAUCCGCUCAGCCCGCACUCUGAACACUCCCCUGCCCCAUUGCCCUUCCCCCAGCCCAUUGCUGGCAACAGCAGCCACGUAGAGCAGCAAGAGCUGUUUUUUAGACGCCAGCAAAGCAGCAGCCCCGCAGAGCAGCAAGGGAUAUCGCCGCACUCUGAACUCUCCCCGACCCCCUUCCUCCAGCCCAGUGCUGGCAGCAGCAGCCACACAAUGCAGCCUGAGUUGUUUCUCAGGCACCAGCAAAGCAGCAGGCCAGUAGGGCAGCAAGGGCUUGUGCAAGGGUUGCACACGCAGCAGGGAAACAGCCAGCAAGAAGAGGGGUUCUUGAAAGGUCAGGUCUACCCCGAGACCUUGCCAUCCUUCAAGCACUAUCUGACUAACGCAAAGCCACCUGGCAGCAGCAGGGAUGGUGGUGGUGGUGUGGGAGGCGGGCAUGGAGUGGCAGGGCAGGUUGAAAUGGGAGAGCCGCAGCGAUCGGAAGAGGAGCAGCAGAUGCGAAAGGAGCAGACGAAGAGGGAAAUGGCGGAAAUGCUGGACUGGAGGGUGGAGUGGGAUAGCAGCCAAGAUCAAUGGCAGAAGGAGAAGGGUGAACAAAAGCAGGUGAGCUGGCACCUGGAUCAGACGCAAACGGCCAUCAAGAAGAAAACGAGCGGGGAGAAGCUGAUGAACAGACGGACGAGGCAGGUUACCAUUCCCAUGUUAGUCCCCCAACAGCAGAGGGCUCUACAGCAGGAAAGAGCUGCUGUUUCUGCUGCUGAUAGUGAUGGUGCUGGUGGUGGUGGUGCUGCGUUUGCUGCUGAUGCUGCCAGCAAUAAGUCAGCUAGUAGUGCUGCUGGUACACACAAGCAAGAGGAGGAGGAUGAGGAGGAGGAGGAGGAGGAGGAGGAGGAGGAGGAGGAGGAGGAGGAGGAGGAGGAGGAGGAGGAGGAGGAGGAGGAGGAGGAGGAGGACGCGGAUGGGAGGACAUGA